AUGCACUCCUCACUCUCCUUAUACUACCUCUCCCUCGGCCUAGCAGCAGCCGCCACCUCGCCCUACGCCCCGACGACAACGUCCUGCCCCAGCGGGCCCCUGGUCCGCAGCGGAAACACAGACCUCAGCGACAGGGAGGAGGCAUACCGCGUGGCCCGCAAGGAAAAGGCAGACGACGCCCUGGCACAAUGGCUAGACAGGCAGAGCCCGGGCCUCGGCUCAUCUUCCGGCAGCCUGCCCGCCCUCGCGCUCUCCAUCUCGGGCGGCGGGUGGCGCUCGUUCCUCACGGGCGCGGGGGUGAUACAGGCGAUGGACGCGAGGGAGCAAGUCACCAACAAUAACAACAACACCAACACCACCACCACCACCAGCUCCAACAACGCGGCCACGAAAGGCCUCCUCCAGGCCAUGUCCUACCACGUCGGCGUCUCGGGCGGCGGCUGGCUCGUCUCCUCGUGGGCGGGCAACGGCUUCCCGACCGUGACGCAGCUGGCCGGCGACCUGUGGAAGCCCGCCUUCUCGCACGGCCUCGAGGCCCCCGGCGGCUGGGAGGCGGCCAGGGGCGCGUACGCCGACAUCGCGGCCGACGUGCGCGCCAAGGGGGACGCCGGGUACCCGACGUCGCUCAACGACCCGUGGUCGCGGCUGCUGUCGUACCAGCUGCUGCCCGGGGACCGGGGCGGCGCCGCGGUGCGGCUGUCGGACGUGGCGGGGUUUCCCAGCUUUGUGGGGCACGACGCGCCGUUCCCCAUCAUCGACGCCAACGGGGUCGAUACCAAGGCCGGCCGGUGCGGCCCCACCGACAACGGGACGGUGUGGGAGUUCACGCCGUUCGACUUUGGGAGCUGGAGCGACGGCGUCGCGGCGUGGAUCCCCGUCGAAUAUCUCGGGACAGGUGCCAACGACACCAACUGCACCGCGGGCUUCGACAACCUGGGCUUCGUGCUCGGCACGGGGUCGAACCUCUUCGGCAACCAGGCGUGCGUCGAGACCGACGCGUUCGGCGCGGCGGAGAAGGACGUGCUCGACAAGCUCGCGGGCGUCCUGCACGCCGUGGACGAGAAGCUCGACUUCGCGCGCAUCCCGAACCCGUUCAGGGGGCUCGACACCGGCGCGCCGGGGGCCGGCGGCCAGGCGAAGGAGGUGUUCCACCUCGACGAGCUGUACCUCGUCGACGGCGGGCUGGGGCUGCACAACGACCCCGUCCAGCCGCUGCUGGAGCCCGCGCGCAACGUGUCCGUCAUCGUGCUGAGCGACUCCUCCGCCGACGAGGACGACUUCCCCACGGGCGCGAGCCUGGUCGACGCGUCGUGGUACACCAAGAACACGUCGCGCAUCGCGGCGCGGAUGCCCACCAUCCCGCCGCGAGACACAUUCCUCGAGCAGGGGCUGAACAAGCGGGCCGUGUUCUUCGGGUGUGGCGAGCCCGAGGCGGUGACAAUUGUUUACCUGCCUAAUGUUAACUACACGUACCAGAGUAACCUGCCGACUACCAAGUUCCAGUAUGACUUUGACGUCACCGAGGGCAUGAUCGCCAACGGCGGGGCGACGGCGACGCAGGAUGGGGAGGAGGGCUGGGGGCUUUGCCUUGCGUGCGCGGUUAUGAUGAAGGAGGAGGGGGCCAGCUUGCCGGAUGGGUGUGGUGCUUGUUUUGAGAAGUGGUGUUAUAAGCCUGAGAGCACAUUGCCGUCGAAUUCGACUGCGCCUGCAAGUGUGGUAAGGCGGGCGUCGUUGAAGGCGCCCAGGUGGUAA